CUCUCCCCCCCCCCCGCGCCGAAGGAAGGGCGCGCGCGGGGAUGGGGGCGGCGAGUUGAUUCCCGCAGUGCCUGACGGGACGGGCUGAGAAGUUAGUUGUGAAGAAGUGUGGAAAAGGUCCGCUCGCGGCUCUCCCGGGCGGGCGCUUCGGGGAGGGGAGGACGGGAACCCGCCCGCCUUAAGACGUUCGUGGACGCCCGCUCCUGCCCUGCGAGACUUCAUGCCGACGAGGAGAGCUGGCUAGAGCGCUCUUUUCCCGGGGGGUGUCUCGGCCAAGGGGGAAGGUACAGCCAUGCAGGAAAGCAUCCGCUUUGCUUCAUCAGGAGAUGAUGAUGUUAAAAUAUGGGACGCUUCAUCCAUUACUCUAGUAGACCAGUUCAGUCCUCAUGCUUCAUCCCAUCCAGUUAAUGCUGUAUGUUGGGGUAGCAACAAUAACUUUCUGGUAACUGCAUCUACUGUUGGUGAUAAAAUAGUGAUUUCCAAUUGUAAAGGUAAACCAGUUCCACUCUUUGAAUUAGCUGAAGGGGGGAAACAAACAUGUAUAAAUCUGAGUUCUAAUUCAAUGUAUAUUGCAAGUGGAGGCACCGAUAGCACUGUUAAUAUCUGGGAUUUAAAGUUCAGAAAACUUCACAGAUCUCUUAAGGAUCAUAAAGACGAAGUAACUUGUGUGUCAUUUAACUGGAAUGAUUGCUAUGUUGCUUCAGGGUCUUUGAGUGGUGAAAUCAUCCUACACAGUCUUGCUACAAAUAUAUCCAGCAUUCCAUUUGGCCAUGGUACCACUCAGCCCAUUCGGCACUUGAAAUAUUCACCAUUUAAGAAGGCACUAUUAGGCAGUGUGUCUGACAGUGGAACUGUAACAUUGUGGGAUGCUAACAGUCAAACACCAUAUCAUAACUUUGAAAACGCCCAUAAAGCCCCAGCCUAUGAAAUCUGUUUUUCUCCCAUCAGUGAGCUGCUACUUGUAACCAUUGGUCUUGAUAAAAGAAUCAUUCUCUAUGACACCUCAAGUAAAAGGCAGUUGAGGACUUUAGCAGCAGAAGCUCCUCUAACUGCUGUAGAAUUCAUGCCUGAAGGAACUUCCUUAGCAAUUGGAUCUUCCCGUGGAAAAAUAUAUCACUACGACCUAAGAAAACUGACAGCACCUGUAAAAUCAGUCAGUGCUCACAAAACCUCUGUGAAGUGCAUAGCGCUGCAGUACUGUAAUACCUUUUCCAAGUCUAGUCUUAAAACCUCCUCAAAUAAGCAGGUUUCCAAGAGAUUUGAUACCAAGGCAACAAUUAACACUGGAGGAACUCAAAAUGUUGGCAUGGUCAAAAACCUUGCUCCUAAUGUAUCUGCUGUAUCAUUGCCCCUAUCGGUCCCUCUAGCUGAAAUUAAAGGGCCUGAUGCUAUUCAGGAUAAAUCAGGAUUCCCACGCAGCAGCAGUUUGGAUGUAAUUCCUUCCAAAGAAAUUGAUCACGGGAAUACUUCUAAUCUGACUAAUUUUGAUGAUUUGGGCAGAAAUAGUUUGGGUGAUUUGUUCUCUCCUCUUCGGGAUGAUGUUGCAGCUUGUAAAACAAGUGAAGAUGUUCCAGGAAAGAGUGAUGGCAUGGAUUUUCAGCCUUAUCUUUCAAGUUUGGAUUUUCUCUCCCAUUUCAACCCAACAAUACCUGCAAGAAAAAAUCCUAGCUCACACAUAAUGCACUCUAGUCCACUUAACGUCUUUGUUGGCUCACCUAUUAAAGAGGAGGAGGAGAAUCCAGAUAUUAAUGCUAAAAAGGCAAAUCAUGGAAAGCAAGAGACAAGAGAACAUCUCAAAUUGUUGAGCUCUUCAAGCUCAGAUUCUGGAAACCUGAAUUCUCCACCACUGGUCAGCGUAGUCAGGAGUCCUGACUCUCGAGAGAGGCUUAAGAAUCUCCAGGCCCACCUGACAUAUGAAUCACCGCUAAAUGGAACUACCUCGCCAAGUCCAAAGAUAACUUCUGCUGCGACUGCUGGAGUUGCCAGCUCACUAUCGGAAAAAAUAGUAGAUGCUGUUGGAAGCAGCAGAUUGAAUGCACCUUUAUCUUCAGUUCAAAUUCAUUUCAUUCAGAACAUGAUACAAGAAACUCUGGAUGACUUCAGGGAAGCCUGCCAUCGCGACAUUGUGAAUUUGCAAGUGGAGAUGAUCAAACAGUUUCAUGUGCAGCUGAAUGAAAUGCAUGCCUUACUUGAAAAGUACUCUGUAAAUGACAGCUUAGUAGCUGAAAUCGAGAGGUUGCGUGAGGAAAAUAAAAGACUGCAAGCCCACUUCUGACAAGACCAUGUAUAUGCAAGGAAACGGAAUUGAACUGUUGUUGCCCUCAGGCAUCUUGUCGUCUGGCCGAUACUGAACUAGUGUGUAAACUCAGUAUUUUUUCCAGAACUUUUUUAAUUUUAGAAAAAGCAAUACAUAACAUAUUAAUACAGAAAAAAUGCACUAAUAAUAUUUGUAUCAAGUGUUUUAUGGGAAACUUGAAAUACAAUGGUUGUAAAAGAGGGUAACAGAUGUAUUGUUAACCAGUUUUAGCUGUAUACGAAGUGCCUUUAUAAGAAGGGAAACUAAACAGGUAAUGUAAUUUGUAUAAGAAUUUAUUAACCUUCUUUGUCCUGAUGCAUUUAUUAUAUGCUUCAGUACUUCAGCAGGGUUUUUGUUUUUCUUUUUGCAAGGAAGUUGUUUUAUGAGGCUUUUAUAUCUCUUUAUCUGGCUAGAAGAACAUUCAAAUAUUUGGAUCUGAAUUCUUUCCUAUAAAUGUUACUUUGUAAGUGUAGAAUGUAUCUUUUCUUUUUGUUACAACUGAGUAAUGUAUUAAUCUGCAUAUUGGUGUAAUUUAAUGGCAGCCUGAUGAAUUUGCUCAAAUUGAAUAAACAUUUUUUGAAAUUCUGAUUAAAAUUACUUAGCAAA